ACUAAGGAGAACAUUAUCAGUGAUAAUACUCGUAAGUUAAGGUUGAAUUUUUAAGUCUAAAACUUAAAUUAAAACCUAAAACUUCCGGGUAUGGUUUACCUGUCACUGUUGUUUGUACUGCCACUAUUGUCUGCUGAUGGAGGACCGUCUGAGGCUUUUAACCAAUCGACCCAGGUGAUGAGAAAGGUUUCCCGGAGAGAAACACCGAUUCUACGGCCGCCGUACCUGCGCCUCCCCGUGUUUGUGGACUCGAGGCUGCCGCUGGUGGAGAAAGAGCAUUUCUCUCCAUCCAAAGGUACCGGACAGGAGCCUUUACCCGAGCCCGUCCGGGAGAUCCUGCUGCCGAUUCGGGCCAGCACCAGCCCGCCAAGCACUUCGGGUGUUUCCGUGAGGACUUCGUGCAGGCUCAAGAAGAUGCUCGUGCAGGUGCAGAGGGGCAUGCUGGGCCCCGGUGAACCAGACUCUCACCUCAAACUGGGGACCUGCCAAACCAGUAGAUCCACGAGGGACUACCUUUAUUUUGAGUAUGACCUUGGCCUGUGUGGAACCGAACGCACGAUAAUUAAUAACCAGGUGGCCUAUUCAAACACGCUACAAUACGACCCACCAAGGCUCCGAGGACCAAUCAGGCGAGCUGUGCCCUUCACCCUGCCUGUUGCAUGUUAUUAUAACAGGUACCAGUACUCCUACAAAAUUGGCUACACACCAAAGAUGAGGAUGCGCAAGAUCUUCACAACAAUGGCGAACAGUGCAAAGUUCAUUCUGUCUCCACGAAAUGCUCAAUGGGAAAGGCUUUCCCCGUCAGAUCAAUACGUGCUCGGGAAACCCAUGUACUUUGAGGCACAGGCUCCGGCCAUGUCUCAGAAUGAAAGACUCUACGUCCACUUGUGUUACGCAACUCCUGAGAAGUCCCACACUUCCACGCCUCAGUUUCCAGUCGUGAAAAACUUUGGGUGUAUGGUUGAAAGCAGGGACGGUCGCUCCAGAUUCAUCCCAUACAAAAACAACGCUGUGAGAUUCUCUGUGGAUGCCUUCUUGUUCAACGGAUUGACAGGCCAGCAGCUCUACAUGCACUGCUCCAUGUCUGUGGGGCGUUCUGUCCCCACACCGACAGCCAAGUCCUGCAACUACGACACAAAAACAAAAAGAUGGGUUGAGCUGUAUGGACCAGCCUCAGUGUGCACCUGCUGCGACUCCAACUGUAGCUCCGCUGCAUCCACGGCGACCAAAAUAAUCAGCAGCAGGCCGUGGACAGUAGAGCCGAAGGUGAAAGCUGCCACAGCCCCGAGGAGGAAGACAGUCUCCACCACAAAAAAAACAACCACAACAACAACAGCACCACCACCAGAGAUGAUCAGAGCACUGACUGAACGGAGGACGACUUCAAAGCCUGAAGCGAAAGCCGUGACUCUAAUGGGUAAGGUGGAGAACACAGUGGGGGAGUUAGAGUGGCCGUUUGGAGGCGAAGGAGUGGCGUGGGUUGAGGUGGAAGAUGAGGAGAAGCAGGUGAAGGGCUCUGCUGUUGUAGAAGAGGAGGAGGAGGUGGUCAAAGAGGAGGAGGAGGAAGUCCAGGUCGACGUGGUCACACAACCUCGUUUAAUAUUUGAAGAUAUUUUUGGUUUUGACAAAUAA